GGAUGUCAUAUUAUAAGUACCAAAGCAAGCAUUAAAAGGAAAAAGGGUGAUAAAAUUGAGCUGACGGGAACGCUAUGAGCCUCGAUACUACCGUAAAGUCUCCCUCCACCCCCGCGCCCAAAGGGCGGAGCGUGGAGCAUCUUCAAUAUAAAGAAAACUUCGACUACGAGGGCAGGGUUCGCGUGGAACAAAAUAGGGAUGUGCUAGUAGCGGACUACAGCCGAUAUCUCGAGGAACAUCCGGAAAUUACGGAAAUAUUGAAUGACAUGGUUCUGCACCUGCUCAUCCUCAAGCCGGAUAAUCCCUUGCAGGAGAUGCGUUCCUACAUGCAGGCACGCCUCAAUGUAUUAUAA